UAUUACGUCACCGUGCGGCUGUUUGCCUUUCCUGUCUGUAAAAAUGGAGAAGAAAAUGGCAUCAGACAACUUGGAAAUGCGUCUUCAGGCACUGGACAGUCGCAUCUAUGGCGAAAGGAGAAACACAAGCUCUAAACCAUUGAAGUGUGCAGAGUCUUUAGCCAGGAUUCAGGCAGGUCUGACCAACACGGCCAACAAGAGAGAACGAGUCAAGAUCCUGCAUAAAAAGAUUGAGGACCUGAUGAAGUACUUGGACCCCCAGUUCACUGACCAUAUGGCUGUGCCCGACACCAUGAAGAUGGAGUUCAUCCUCGCUGAGGAGGACUUCCUGCUUUCCCAGGCUGCCUUGCUGGAGCAGGCCGACGCUCUGCAGCCGCUGCUGGACAGCUCCUACAUCCGAGACGUUCCUGAGCAUGCGACCAAGCUGCAGCGUCUCUCUCAGAUCCACAUCAAACAGCAGGACCAAGUCGAUGCUCAGUGCCAGGAGGUGAAGAAGCUUUUUGAGGACUACAACAAAAUGAUGUUCCUGUUGUCCAAGCAGUUCACCCAGUGGGACGAGACCCUGAGGAAGCUGGAGGAGGCCAAGGGCAUCAGACCUGUGGAGUGACUCCACCUCCACGGGGACGAAGACGGGAACGUCGGGUCGCCUGUGUCGCGCCACAAAAACAUCCACUUUUUCCGAACAAGUCCCACCUCUUUCACAAUGUUGACGGUAAUUAUGCAAUAUAACGUGUGUCUUUAUUACCAAAGCUUAUUUUGGGUGCUGACUUUAUGUAACAUAUUUUCCGGACCAUUGUACGCACCGGAUUAUAAGGCGCACUGCCGAUGAAUGGUCUACUUUUGAUCUUUUUUUCAUAUAUAAGGCGCACCGGAUUAUAGGGCGCAUUAAAGGAGUCCUAUUUAUUCAUUUUCUAAAUGUAAAAGACUUCCUUGUGGUCUACAUAACACAUAAUGGCGGUUCUCUGGUCAAAAUGUUGCAUAGAUGAUGUUUUACACAUCAUCUUCAAGCCGCUUUCUGACAGUCGCUUCCGGAUGCGCCGUUUUGUGGGCGGGUCUUAUUUACGUGGCUCACCUUCGGCAGCGUCUUCUCCCCGUCAUCUUUGUUGUAGCGGUGUAGCGUGCAAGCACGGGAGUGGAAGAAGUGUCAAAAGAUGGCGCUAACUGUUUUAAUGACAUUCAGACUUUACUUCAAUCAAUAACGGAGCAGCAUCUCCUCACCCAGAAACAACAACAAGGCCGGAAAUGUUUACCGUGAAAAACUGUCUGACCGAAACGCUCUAAUUUAAGUUCCUUGGGUGAAUAAUGUAAAGUCACUACACCGGUAUGUUUUAGCGCUUUCAUGGCGAGUUUACUGACAGAUAUAAGUAAGAACUUUACACUACUUUAUAUUAGAAAUGGCAACAGCGGAGGAUGAAUGUCACAUAACAAGAAGAUAGAGAAAAAGAAGAAACUUAUCGACUACGGUGUCGGCACGGACUAAAAAGGCGGACGCAUGCAAUUUUUCAGGAUUUAUGCAGAUCCCAAACACCGAUCAGCAGGUACCAGAAGGUAAGAAAAGUUGCUUUUGCGUAAUAUUGCAAAACAAAACACCAGAUAAUGUCUUACCUUAUACACAUACCAUAAUAAUACUCCUAUGUUUAAUGCGCCGACAAUCCAUCAAGCAGUGCGACUUCAUAGCUUACCAAAGUCGUACAAAAAAAUGUUAAUAGAUUUUUUUAGCAUCGUGUGUAAUGUUCUAUAUUUUCAAUGGAACAUAUAAAAUGUUGGUGGUGUUUACUUUAGUCAUAUUGCCAUCAUAGUGUAGUCUACACGUAUCUCUUAUGUGUGACUGCCAUCUACUGGUCACACUUAUCAUUACACCAUGUAUCAGAAUAAUCAGAAUACCUUUAUUGUCAUUGCAUGGAAACAACGAAAUUGAACAGCAAUCCAGCUCAGUGCUUUUAAAACAACCUACAUAAAAUACUCUUAAGACAAACAACAAUAAUAAAAAAUUUAAAAACAUACUAAAAAUGUUAAAAACAUAUUGCACAGCAGAUCUCUAUCAGAGGUAAGCAAGUUAAUAAAGUGGUGAGUGUUCAGGUAAGUGCAGAGUUUAGGGCAAUAACAGCUCUAGGAUAGAAACUGUUUUUCAGUCUAAAAAUAAAUUGCUUCGAGGUGGGUAAGCUCAACCAAACGUAUUUCUUACAUUAGGCGCACCGGGUUAUAAGGCGGACUCUCGAGCUUUGAGGGAAAAAAAAUAUUUUAAGUGUGCCUUAUAGUUCGGAAAACACCGUAACAAUUUUUUUUUUGUUUUAAAAUUCAGUGUAAAAAAAAUCAAUGUAUAAAAUUCAGCGUAAAAAAUUUAGUUUAUAACAAUUCAGUGAAUAAAAAAUUCAAUAUAAAAACAUUUUUAAUGUAUAAAAAUGUAGUGUAAAAAAAUUAAGAGAAAAAUUAUUCACUGCAGAAAUAUUUGUUGCUUCGAAACUCGAGACCUUUUAUUGUCUGGUAGCUUGCCACCAUCACCUUUGUCGCGUUGACUCGAAACUCAACACCUCAUUGGCCGGUUCUGAGACAAGAUCCAUUGCUUAGGUCCUAAUUUUAAGUGAGUCGUGAAUUUUGAAGCAACAAAUAUUUCUGCACUGAUUUUCUGAUUUUCUUACACUGAAUUUCAAAACGCUUUAUAUUUUAACAAGCUGAACAUUUAAACACAAACAUUUUUGCCCACAAAGGUUUUUUUCAAUGAAAUUGUCAGCAUAAUCUGACAUUAAAAAAAGAUUCACUUCACAAAAUUUAAAAGCAACAAUUUAGUUACAUAUAUUAUGUGUCCAAAAAAAGAGCUUUUGUAAUAAAGACCCAGAUUAUGAAUCAGCUACGUGGCUGUUACUUGUGCAGGUGCUACACGGUCGCUACUUGGCAAAUGCUAAAAUGUUCAGUCAUCUGCAAAGACGUCACUCCCAUCAUGUGCUGUUCUUAGUAUUGAUUCUUUUAACUCUCGCAUAUUAGAUUUACUGAUAAAGCAUUCCAGCUCGGUCACAAGACUCGGUCACAACUUUGGCAAGUCUGUCCUUUCCGUUGGAUCUCCUGACAAGAUGGCAACAGUGAUCGUGCUUCUGAAUAAACAUGAUGGCAGUUCAUUUGAUGACUAUGAUGUUUUUAUUGGACAAUUCAAGCAUGUGAUGUCCCUGAAUGAUUGAUUGUCAUCGCUUUGAUUCCCCCUGCUGGUAAAUACAGUAUUUGUUUUACUUUGAUACAUCAUCAUUGUUGUCGAUGGGUGUAUAUACAGUCGUGGUAAAGAUCA